AUGUUUAUUCCUUUGCUCUUCUUCAGCAGCGAAAGCAAUAAGGAGGAUUCGGCGAUGGAUUCGGGGCCAGCGCCGGUGGAAUCUCUGCUGGCCGUGGUGCCUACAGGACACCGUGCCGAGUCCAAGGCCCGAGAUCCUGCUAGUUCGACAUCUUCCGACCAUGGCGAUCCCCUUCUCCCCCAGCGGAUGGCCAGUCUGAUUAGCCUUGCCACGCGGUCUACGAAUCUGGCUAUCCAGCUUGGGACUAGACUGGGAGGUUGUGGUUUGAACGUCGCCAAACACACGGCGCUAUCGACCAUCGAGUUGAGCAGGUCUGUUCUCGAAAAUAUCUUGUAUUUGGCUGGCAAGGACGUCGUUUCCAGCACCGAGUCGGAGCUGGCAAGGGCCGAAACCGAGACCACGCUCCAAAAAGCGAUCGAGUUCCUCCAUUCCAGCUUGAAUAACGCCGCCUUUUGGACUGCGGCGGGCUUCAACAUGACGAGCGCUACUUUGUCUUUGGCUUCCGAAACUUCUCAGUUCGCCCUCACGACGAUAGACAGAUUUUUUGGUUCGACGGAUUCCUCUCGCGCCAUCACCAGCAUCAUCGCGCUAGUCCGUCGAGAGUUUCAGAACCCGGCCACCGGCGCCCCAGGAGAAAGGGUGUCUGUUACUGAUCUAGUAAUGGUCUUUUGCGGCCUGGCAUACCUUCAGACUACAUGUCGUCAAUUGCUAGAGGAGGAGGCGCGCGCGUUUCGGACAGAAGAAGUUGUUUGGGAUGUUGUCGUGCCUAUCACCGCGUUGCAACUUGAUAGCCGCGCGAAUGAUUAUUCAUCUGCUCUAUCUCAUGCCCCCAUUUUAGCGGCUUUGCAGCGCCGAGACGCCCAUGAGGAUGAGACACAACGGGCUGAUAGUGUGCUGACCAUGGAACUCGAACGCGAGAUUAUGAGGGCCUUACCGUCUAACGCCAAAGUCGCUAUCAACCGAGAAAGUUUUGCGUACGACAUCAUCAGGGUCGAUGUUAUCAGUGAUGACCAGCCAGCUGUUGUCCGACCACCACCUGGUAUCGAGCUGGUAGAGCAGAGCACCGGGUUGGCCGUGACGGAUUCUGCACGGCAAGGGGCCAGUGAGAGACCGGGACGGCAUACGCGAUAUGUGUUCCGUCGCGAACGCCAUCAUGAGAUGCGGACAACCUCCUUCCAGCAGGUUGAUGGCAAUGUCAAUUUCAUCGACAGUUGCGAGCUGGACCAAUCAAACUAUACAAGACCGUCCAGUAGGCUAAUCAGCGAUCGUGAAGCCUCUGAAACAUUCCCUCCUUUUGGCAGCGACGCAGAAAGCAAAGUGUCUUCCUGCAUGCCUUCGACCUUGCCUUCAAGCAGCCGAGACAGCUUUGUCACUGCGAUUUCGAACCCUUCUGUGCCAUGCCAUCCCUCCAACACCUCGUCGCCUGGGGUCAACCGAUCAAUGUCCUCUUCAACAAGACAGGGACUGCAAACCGUUGUUCGAAAAUCACCGUCAUUGCUUGAUAUGAAUGACUUGAGCACGCGGUUUCCGACGUCGAGCAACAAGCAACAUGCCUUGUCUGGUACUUGGACAGUAUCCGAGGGCGCUCAACACUCUUCUUACAGGCUCGACCCUUCAAGUCAGCUGUCCAUGCCAUACUCGGGAGAUGGGUUGUCGGUUCUCAGCAGCGAAGGGAAUGUCGAAAAUCUUCGGCGGGCUCCAGUUAAGAGAAGCCCUUCCGUCGCAAGUUUCGUCACGAUUCGCGAAAGUGUGCGGCAAUCGACAAUUUCAUUGGCUGAAACCUAUUCGAUGACAGAAGAUCCCCGGGCCUCGAUGCUUGAAGAAUUGGACGAAAGCAGCUGGGGUGGGAAAGACGCCAAUGCCAUUGCACGAACAGACCACCGGCGAAUGAAGUCCUAUACGCCGAGCAUUUACACCUUGGCCGCCGAUGCAGGAGACGCAUCCGUGGUUUCUUACCAAGGAACAGUGGCCAGAACUGCGUUCGGUGACGACUCAGCAUUGGACAAACUCAAGCAAAACGGGGUCUUGGAUGGCAUGUUCCCACACAACCAUCUCGUGCGCAAUAUUACUCGGUAUAUGCGGUUCGCCUCUGCUUCCUACGGGUUGCGGUUUCUUCAGUUCUUGGGAAUCGGGACGAAGAUGCCUCCCUUGCCUUCGGACCUUCGCGACACACACCAAGAAUUGCGGUCGUUUGCUCAUCACACCCGAUCGAAUCCAAGCGACAUUCUUCUUUCCUCGUUCGUCGAUCCUAAUGGAGGCUCGGAUUCUUCUGGGUCAACCAACACCGGUGUCCCUCUUGUGCAUUACAUUUCCCUAGACCACGAGUCCAAAGCCGUGGUCCUCACUUGUCGUGGUACGCUUGGUUUCGAGGACGUCCUGGCCGACAUGACUUGCGACUAUGACGAUAUGCUGUGGCGGGGACGCACAUACAAGGUCCACAAGGGUGUCCAUGCAUCUGCCAGGCGUCUGCUCUACGGCGGCGACGGCAAGGUGCUGGCCACCCUGCGGACCGCCCUCGAAGAAUUCCCUGAUUACGGCCUGGUUCUGACGGGCCACUCCCUCGGCGGUGCCGUCACCACGCUUCUUGGCAUCAUGCUUGCCGAACCAGCCCAGUCCCCAGGAACACCGUUUGUCACCACUGCCGAGCCGCACACACGCUAUAUCACUCAUCCGUCGUCCACACAAACUAGCCUCGUCACCGGACAACCGAUCACUACUCCGCAUGUUUGCUUACCCGCUGGUCGCGCCAUUCACGUCUUUGCCUACGGCCCGCCGGCUACGAUCUCCCCCGCCUUGCGCGACGCUACACGUGGUUUGAUCACUACGAUUGUCAACGGUCACGAUAUCGUGCCGUACUUAUCGCUGGGUGUACUGCACGACAUGCAGGCGGCCGCACUUGCGCUCAAGUCGGACAGCAGCGCUGCCCGAGCGGAACUCUGGAAGAAGAUUUUGAAAGGUCUGAUGACCGAGGCCGCAAAGAUUAGCGGUUUUGGAAGUGGAAGCAACAGUGAGGAGGAGCAGCGGACGCAGGAAUGGGCAUAUGCGUUGUUAAAAGGGCUGAGGGCCAGUAUGGUGGGGGAGAAACUGGUUCCUCCUGGAGAGGUGUUUGUUGUGGAGGCUGAGAAAGAUAAGAUGAUGAGGGGGGGCAGAAAAGGGAAGAACGUGGUGCUGAAAUAUGUCAGAGACGUGGAGAAGAGAUUUAGAGAGGUUAGGCUCGGGAAGUGUAUGCUGGUUGAUCACAACCCUGGGCGUUAUGAGCGGGCAUUGGAGGGGUUGACGGCAGGUGUGAUGGGCCAGGAUUGA